AUGAACAAGAUCUUUGUCUUCUUCAUCGUUUUUCUUCUAUUUCCACCACAAAUUCAACCCCAAACCAUCCCAAGAAACAUCAGCAUUUUCAUAUUAGCCGGUCAAAGCAACAUGGCGGGUCGAGGCGGCGUUUAUGACAAUACAUCCAAAAACAUCGCCGUGUGGGACGGCGUAGUUCCACCGGAGUGUCGACCAAACCCUUCGAUCCUCCGCCUCACAGCUAAGCUCGAGUGGGAAGAAGCUAAAGAGCCACUCCACGUUGAUAUUGACGUUAACAAGACUAAUGGUGUUGGACCGGGGAUGUCAUUUGCAAACCGGGUGGUUAACCGGUUUGGUCAGGUGGGUUUGGUUCCUUGCGCUAUAGGUGGGACUAAACUAAGCCAAUGGCAAAAGGGUGAGUUUCUUUACGAGGAGACAGUGAAAAGGGCUAAAGCUGCGGCUGUGGCUAGUGGAGGUGGCACGUACCAGGCGGUUUUAUGGUAUCAGGGUGAGUCGGAUACGAAGUCUAUGGUGGAUGCUUCGGUUUAUAAAAAGAGAUUAGUCAAGUUCUUUAAUGAUCUUCGAAAUGAUUUACAACAUCCAAAUCUUCCUAUUAUUCAGGUGGCUCUUGCUUCAGGCGGAGGACCAUAUGUUGAUGCGGUAAGGAAAGCACAACUUGAGACAGAUCUUGAGAACGUGCAUUGUGUUGACGCAAUGGGGUUACCUCUUGAACCGGACGGUUUGCAUCUGACCACAUCUUCUCAGGUCCGGCUUGGUCAGAUGAUGGUUGAUGCUUUCUUGGCCAUUCCCAGUUCAGCUGACUUGUACGUGGCCAUUCCCAGUUCCGCUGAAUUGUUCUCUGGCUUGUCUGUCCUUGUUCUGCUUCCGCUAUUCUUUUUAUAGUAUUGUUUUUGGACUAACGUUACCAAUUGUGGAUACUUCAUGAUAUUUUGUUCCAAUUAUUACAGAGAGAAUCUUUGA